CCCCGUGGGACGCGACAUCGUGUAUGCGUCUGCUUUUAGUGAUAAUGACGUUGUGUUUUAGCAUUGAAAACAGCUGGACAGUGUGGCAGAGAUGUCGAGGGCAUAUAAGGCGGCAGGCAGCGAGUCUGGGAGGAUUUCAGCUCCACGAUGGGAAGAACCUCAAGAUUUCUGUAACCCUGACAAACUGCUGUUGUGCCCCUAUGACCCACAUCAUCUGAUCCGGGCCUGCCGGUUCCCCUACCACCUCAUCAAAUGCAGGAAGAAUCACCCUGAAUUGAUCAGUGAAUUAUGGACAUGUCCAUUCAAUGCACGCCACUUGAUGAGAAAAGAUGAGCUGUCACAUCACAUCCUAACCUGUGUGGACCGAUGUGCUGUUAGGGAGACCUACGUGGCAAGUGAGAAGACUGAUAGCAAGUUUCAAACCCCAGUGAGCACCUGGACUGCACCCGUGUGUGAUGAAGACUGGGAUGAAGAAGUGGACAAGCAUGCAACCGCAGCGCCAUCUUUUGUCAGGGAUGUGUCCAAAUCGCUUCCUCAGGACAGGGAGAACAACUGCAUUUCCAGAAAUGCGAUUUCUGGUCUCAGGGCGCCACGAAUUCUUCCCUGGACGAGCAGCUGUACUGAUUUUUGAGCUUUUUAA